AUGUCAGCUGAAGGCUCCGCUGCGAUCUCUCCGUCAACAUCGGUCCAAGUGUCACUCUUCUCAUAUGGCCAUGCCAACGGGCCAAUUGUGCAACAGCAUAGAGAAGCAAGAUAUCACAAAACUUUACAUUACAAUAUUAGACAUUUGCCAAAUCCACCACGCCAUCUCCGAGCCAAAUCGACCGGCCUAAGCCGACGACUUCAGAAGGAGUUCCUCCACAAUACAAACGUCGAGGAAUUUUUGGUCAAAGUCCAAGGGGAGCUCCUCAACGCAGUCAAGCAGGAGUGUGGCCAACUGUUACAUUCUAUGGAGCAGAAGGAAAUUGAACGAAGACCUUGUGAGACUGAUGAGCGAUCUGAUACAAGUGCCCAUUCAAGCGAAGAGGUCACGGACAUCGAUGUAGUCGUGACAAUAUGCUGCGAAGAGGGUCAUCAUCGGAGUGUUGCGUUUGUCGAGGAACUAGCCCGAAGGCUAGCUAUGUUCAAACAAGGAGACGGGCUCUCUCAACGUUGGCUACUGAGCGUCGACGUCACACAUCGUGAUAUCGAAGAGCUAGAAGAUAACGGGCAGCCCCCUGAUCAGCAUAAGCGGCCAAAUAAGGCUCAAGAAAAGUCCAGACAAAUGGGACGACGUCAAAAAGUGGACAGGUACAAAUCGCCUCUUGAAGAUGACGAUGGCGAGAGCUAG